AUGGCGCCCCAGCAGGCCCUCGUCAACCUCUCGCCCGCUGAGCUGUCGUUCCUGCGCUCCACCCUCUCACAGACGCCGCCCAUCCGCCUCGAUGUCACCAAGGGCCCCCGCGACUUUCGCUCUAUGCGCGCUGAGUAUGACGUACUGCCCAGCGCAAACGGAAGUGCGCGCAUCGCCCUGGAAGACGGGACCGAGGCGCUCGUAGGAGUCAAGGCCGAGGUGGAGAGGUCACGGCAGCGCCCGACACUGGACGAGCCCGAAGAUGUAGACAUGGGAGAGGGCGAAGAGACGGACGAUAGCAAGGGCAAGGGCCAGAAUGCCUGGGUCGAGAUGAGCGUCGAGGUGCCAGGCUUCCGCGAAGACGACGCUCUGCCUGUGUUCCUGUCCUCCAUGCUCACCGAGAGCUUGCUCGCCAGUGGAGAGCUCAAAGACCGCCUGUACAUCAACAGACGGUUUCACUGGAAGCUCUACGUCGAUAUCCUGCUUCUUUCACCCCCGCUCUCCUACCCGCUCGCGCUGCUUUCCAUGACCACCCAUCUCGCCCUCCUCACUACCCUCCUACCAGCCCUAAAGUCGGAAAAGGACGAAGAUCCCCUGUUCGACGACGACUGGGAUGCCGCCGUGCCGCUAUACCCCAAGCAGGCGGGUACCAACAAGACUGCUCCCCAGCUAGGCAAGCCCCCAGUCAUCAUACUAGCCAUGGCAGUGGGCCCCAACAUCAUCUUUGAUCCCGCCAAGGAGGAGCUCGCAGUAGCAGAUGCAGUCCUCGCGAUCGCAUGCACAAAUUCAACAACCUCGUCAACGGGCGCGCGCAUCGUCUCCAUCCGGACCAUCGACCCCCCGUCCCACCUUACGCCCCCGGGCGUACCCAACUCGAUGAACUCAGCAACAGGCGGUACUGCGCCCACCUCCAGUGCCGAUGCGCUCACACAAAGAGAACUGUUGGCGACUUCAGGUGUCUGGACACCGCCCCGAGGUGGCAUGAAGAGAGGUUUGAUCACACAAGUCACAAAGAUGGUGGUUGAAAACGGAGGAGUCGCUGAAGAAGUCAUUGGCGCAUUGGCAUCAAUUGAGGUCGGCUGA